AACAAGUCGUAUUCCCUAAUAAUCCCUUAACGAAGUAUGUGUAAAAAAGUAACGUUGCGCAAAGUUUGUUUUAGUAACAGUUUAGCAUGGAAUGACUAAGAUGGCAUGUCGUUAUCCAGUGGGUAUGCCCAGAGCAGCGGCAGUCGCGUUGGGCAUCCGUAGCGUCGCCACGCCGCCGCCGUCUCUUGCCGCCCUCCUACAUAAAUCGAUAUUAUCGUACCGCCGCAUAGUCCAUGCUUAAGAUCUGCCGCGUGACAGUUCGCCGACGGUGUAAACAAUAGAACCGAUAACCGAAAGUAUCAGCUGAUUCGUAUGAACAGCUGAUUGUUCUCAAUAACUUACAUACGUAUUCGGUCAAUUUCAGAGUAGCACCAUUUAAAUUUUAGUGUCUAAUCGAGUGAACCUCCAGAUCGAGACCAUGCUGGUGAUACUGUAAAUAUAACAUCAAGGCGGCUAGAUGGCGUGUACGUAUGGUAUUCGCGUCGCUAAUAGAUUGUGUGAAAUAUGCCCACGAUCUGAUCGUAUAAGCGUGCGGGUACACGAAGGCCGCAGUUUGCGUCGACGCAGCGUCGCAGCGGGGAAGUUGGCAAGCGGCGUGGGCGCGUCAUCCGUGAUGCUCACAACGCGUCUGUUGUCCGCACCGGUAGUACAACCUUGCUCUCUCUGAGGACAUGCCCUUAUUAUGGAUUACCAAUGCAUCGUCGUGUAUACGGUCAUCAACAUCGCCCCGCCGAAGCUCACAGCGACAGAAUUUUCGAAUGGAUGCAUCACUUGGUUCAAAAAUAAAAUUAAGCGUGCGGUAGCAGUAUACCUUCAAUCAUUAAAAGUUACAUCUAACAAUGGCAUUAUACAUGGAAACCUAGCUUGCCUAUACUACAAACAAGGCUUAUUAGAUUUAGCUAUAGAUACAUACAAACAUGCUAUAGAACUACAGCCUAAUUUCCCAGAUGCCUACUGCAAUCUAGCUAAUGCACUCAAAGAGAAAGGCCUUGUAUCCGAAGCCGAGGAGUGCUAUAAUAAAGCACUACGCUUAUGUCCGUCCCAUGUUGAUACUCUCAAUAAUCUCGGUAACGUAAAAAGGGAACAAGGAAAAAUCGAAGAGGCUACAACAUUAUAUAUGAAAGCUUUAGAAGUGUUCCCCAAUUUCGCAGCAACUCACAGUAAUUUAGCAUCGCUUUUGCAACAUCAAGGGAAACUCCACGAAGCGUUGAUGCAUUACAGACAAGCUAUAAAUAUUCAGCCAAAGUUCGCAGACGCUUACAGUAAUAUGGGAAACACUUUUAGAGAAUUACAAGACAUCACUGGAGCUCUUGUUUGUUUUAAAAAGGCUAUUGAAAUAAACCCAUCAUUUGCCGAUGCCCAUUGCAAUCUGGCCAGUAUCUAUAAGGAUAUGGGAAAUAUUACUGAAGCUAUAGAAUUUUACAAAAAUGCAUUGCGAUAUAAACCAGACUUUCCUGACGCAUACUGUAAUUUAGUUCAUUGUUUACAAAUUAUAUGUGAUUGGGAUGAUUAUCAUGAAAGAAUGUGUAACAUUGUUAUGAUAGUAACAGACCAACUGAAAAGUGAAAAAUUAACUUCAGUACACCCACAUCAUUCUAUACUCUACCCUUUACCGAACAAAGUGAGAAAGGAAAUUGCAAUACGACAUGCUAAUUUGUAUUCUGAGAAGGUUAGAAUGUUGACAAAAGUUGUUUUCAAUCACAACUGCAAAUCGAUUGAUCGAAUACGCAUUGGUUACGUUAGUAGUGAUUUUGGUAAUCACCCUACAUCGCAUUUGAUGCAAUCUAUUCCAGGAUUGCAUGAUCACUCCAAAAUAGAAGUAUAUUGUUAUGCUUUAAAUCCAAACGAUGGAACCACAUUCCGUAGUAAAAUAAUAAAAGAAGCUGAACAUUUUAUUGAUUUAUCUAAGAUUACUUGUAAUAUUGAAGCGGCUAGAAAAAUAUAUUAUGAUGGAAUACAUAUUUUAGUUAAUAUGAAUGGGUAUACGAAAGGUGCGAGAAAUGAAAUUUUUGCUUUGAAGCCAGCGCCUGUGCAGGUCAUGUGGCUUGGAUAUCCAGGUACUAGUGGUGCAGAUUAUAUGGAUUAUAUCAUAACUGAUGAAAUAUCUUCUCCUUUAUCUUCAACGUGCGACUUUAGUGAAAAACUUGCAUUUAUGCCUCACACCUAUUUUAUUGGUGAUCAUAGACAAAUGUUUCCACAUUUGAAGAAUCAGUACAAAGUUAAAACUAAUAUUGAAACUAAAAAUGAGGUUAAUGAUGCUAUUAUUAACUCAUCGGAAAAUGUUGAUAUUGAAAAUACUUUUAAAGUAGAUAAAUAUAUAGAAACUAUUAAAUUUGAAAACUGUGAAAAAAUAGAAAUAACAAAAAGAAUUAUAGACAUUCCGAACUACGUUACAGAAAUAACGACAAAUUCCAGGAGAGUUCAGGUCUUAGUGAGUGGAAUACCUAUAAAUAAUGGUAUAUCAAUAAAUUAUACAAACAAAAAGGUAGCAUCAGGCGAAGAAGCAUUCAAUGAUAUUAUUUUCACUUCAAGAAAACAAUACGGUCUUCCAAAUGAUGCUAUUGUCUAUUGUAAUUUUAAUCAAUUAUAUAAAAUAGAUCCAUUUGUAAUGGAGACAUGGAUCCGUAUUUUGAAUCAAGUACCAAAUAGUGUUUUAUGGUUGUUGAGUUUUCCAGCUGCCGGAGAGCCAAAUAUACGCAAUUAUGCUCAGAACUUAGGAUUAUCGCCAGAUAGGAUUGUGUUUUCCAAAAUUGCAUGUAAAGAAGAACACGUACGUAGGGGCCAAUUAGCUGAUAUCUGUUUAGAUACCCCUCUUUGUAAUGGCCAUACAACUGCUAUGGAUGUUUUAUGGGCUGGUACUCCCGUUGUUACUCUACCUGGUGAAACAUUAGCGUCUAGAGUUGCAGCAUCUCAAUUAAAAACACUGGGUUGCUCGGAACUUAUAGCAGGAAAUAGACAAGACUACGAAAAUAUAGCUAUUAAGCUUGGAACGAAUACAGAAUAUCGAAGAUAUAUUAGGGCCAAAAUUUCAAAAGCUCGCUUGGAAAGUACGCUGUUUGAUUGUGAACAUUACGUUCGAAAUUUGGAAAUAUUGUACGAAAAAAUGUGGUGUCGAUACAAAAAUGGAGAAAAACCUGACCAUAUAAAAGUUUCUUGAGGUCGGAACUAAAUGAAUAAUUAUUCCUGAAGACUUUGACGAAUCCAUUAUAUCAACAGCUCUCCGUCCAAAAGCUGUCCAUGAGAAAUUGCUAGAAUUAAACGAUAAAUGAAUGUGGAAUGUAUGUUAUAGUGUAAUAAUAUAAUAAAAUAUCAUUUUAUUGACAAUUAAAUUUACAAUUGUGCAUCCUGUUAUUAAAAUCUUAUACACAAUCA